AUGGCGCUGAGAAGAGCCAGCGCGCGCGCGCUCGAUCGCAUCGCGCCGCCCGCGGUGUUCGUGGACAAGGACACGAAGGUGCUCGUCCAGGGCUUCACCGGGAAGAAUGGCACGUUUCACAGCCAGCAGGCGAUCGCGUACGGCACGCGGAUGGUCGGCGGCGUGACGCCCAAGAAGGGCGGCAGCACGCACCUCGGCCUCCCCGUCUUCAACACCGUCGCGGAGGCGAAGACCGCGACGGGCGCGAACGCGAGCGCGAUCUACGUUCCGCCGCCGUUCGCCGCGAAGGCGAUCCUCGAAGCCGUGGAGGCGGAGUUAGACCUCGUGGUGUGCAUCACCGAGGGCAUCCCGCAGCACGACAUGAUCCGAGUGAAGCAGGCGAUGAUGACGCAGAGCAAGACGCGGCUCAUCGGUCCGAACUGCCCGGGGAUCAUCAAGCCCGGCGAGUGCAAGAUCGGGAUCAUGCCGGGGUACAUUCACACGCCCGGACGGAUCGGCGUCGUGUCCAGAUCGGGCACGCUCACCUACGAAGCCGUGUACCAGACGACGGCGUGCGGGUUAGGGCAGAGCACGGUCGUCGGCAUCGGCGGCGACCCGUUCAACGGCACGAACUUCGUGGACUGCCUCGAGAAGUUCGUGAAGGACGACCAGACCGAAGGGAUCAUCAUGAUCGGCGAGAUCGGCGGCACCGCGGAGGAGGAGGCGGCGGAGUUCAUCAAAGCGUCGGGAACGACCAAGCCCGUGGUGUCGUUCAUCGCCGGGCUGACCGCGCCGCCGGGACGACGGAUGGGUCACGCCGGGGCGAUCAUCGCGGGCGGUAAAGGCGGCGCGGGGGAUAAGAUCGCGGCGCUGAAGGCUGCGGGGGUGACCGUCGUGCCGUCCCCGGCGGGCAUGGGCGAGGCGAUGCACCAAAUCUUCAAGGAGAGGAAGAUGGUCUGAGGGCCCCGGCCCGGGUCUGUGUUUCGAGGAUGUUUGAUCGGCUCUCGCGAUGAAAUACUCCUUUAAAACAUUUUUAAUCGGAAAAUCCCCGAUCGAUUUGAUCGGAGUGCAU